CAGCGGCUCGCCACUAUAUAAGUAAGCCGCAAUCCUGCUAACGCCAUCAUCUUCUUUCAACUUUCCUUACCAUGUCCUCUCCUCCCCCGAAUCCUGAUUCAAGGCCUCUUCCGAGAGGCUGGAUCGCACAAUAUAACUGGGAUUAUAAAUCAUGGUUUUAUGUAAAUGAGAUGGAACAACCUCCUCGAUCAUCUUGGGAGCAUCCCCUAGGCCCUCCCCAAUAUACUCCUCCCCUCGGACCUCCCCCUCCUGAUCGUGGCUUCAGCCGCUCUCCUUAUCAAGACGGUUACAACCAGGCUCCCGCUCCAGGUGGCUACACGCCCUCUUACGGUGGCUAUGGUGGUGGCUAUGGUGGUAAUGCACCUUCCAGUGGGUAUGGCGGUUAUCAGGGCUACCCACCUGCAGGAGAUAGAGGAGAUAGAGGUCUCUUUGGCAGAACGUCUUCUCAGCCCCAACAGCCUGUUUAUGCGCAGCAGUCGGCUCCUCCGAGGAAGAGCGGUCCGGGGAUGGGCACUGCUUUGUUGGCUGGCGGUGCAGGUUUAGUAGGCGGUGCUCUUCUCAUGGACGCCUUUGAGGACCAUGAAGAUAGGGUAGAGGAGCAAGCCUAUGACCAAGGGUACGACAAUGGUUACGAUAAUAAUUGUGACAAUGGCGGCGGUGAUUUCGGAGGAGGCUGGUAAACGACAUGCUUGGUUGGGUAAUGCAAAUGCACGAUUACAGGUUCUUGGCGCCUAAUGUGGUAGAUUUGUGUUUGUGUAUAGUAGUUUGAGGCUUGGAUUUAUGCAAUGGAAGUCCCUUGUGGCGCCACAUCAGUGCCAUCGUACAGGUUA